CCUUCAAGGAGCAUCCCAGCAUCUCGGCGCCAGCAAUCCAAUUCUCGAAAUCAUAUCGCCGAGAAAAACGAUACGCAGAUAGGAACAAUGAAGUUAUUGACGCUUCCAGAUUACAGAUGCCAUUGUGGUCUGAUAUAUGACGGCGCGUUCUACGCACAUCCACUUGCCAAAAGAAAGUAUCGAAUGACCAAUUGAUUAUUUGCAAUUGUUGGUAAAAAUGGCGGACUUGGAGAAGACAACGGUGAAGGCGACAAGUCUACCGACAAGCUCGGUAGAACAUGGUGUUGGCAAUGUCGGUCCUCUCAGAGAGUAUGUUGGCGAAUCCAGUGCCGCAGCGAACUCGGGACAACUUCAUCGGAAGUUCAAGGCUAGACAUGUGCAAAUGAUUGCGUUGGCUGGCAAUAUUGGGAGCGGCGUUUUCAUCAGUAUUGGUGCUGCUCUUCAAGUUGGCGGUGCCCCUGGUAUCCUCAUUGGCUACCCUUUGAUCUGUGUCAUGGCUAUUGCUAUGCUCACAGUCUUGGGUGAAGCUGUCUGCCUCUUUCCUACUUCGGGAUCCUUCAUUGAUCAUGCUUCUCGAUUUGUCGAUCCGGCUCUUGGAUUUGCCAUUGGAUUCUGUGAAUGGUUUGGAGCUUUGACAGUUGUUGCUGCUGAGGGAGCUGUGUUCCCAGUUAUUAUUAGCUACUGGACGACUGAGAUACCCGCAGCUGCUUUGAUGACUAUCUACCUAGUUGUUGUCUAUGCAUUCCACUUGAUGCCUAAUAGAUGGUUUGCCGAAUUCGAAUUCUGCACAGGAGCUGUCAAAGUAGUCACAAUGGCUAUUGUUCUUUUGACUUCCGUCGCUAUUGUUGCUGGUGCUGGACCGACUGGACGAACAAGCGGAUGGGGCGCAAACUACAAUGGAGAACUACCGGUGUUUCCUAACGGAUUCAGAGGUGUGGCUCGUGUUUUUCUGUAUGCUUCAUGGGCAACAGGUGGCCAAGAAAUUUUGGGCAUUGCUGCUGGUGAAGCGAAAAUGCCCCGCUAUGACAUGCCUCGAGCAUCGAUUAACCUCUUCAUCCGAAUCAUUCUCAUCUUCGGAUCAUCCUGCGUUCUUGUUUCCGUAAUGGUACCCUACAACGAGCCACUUUUACUUAACACCAGCAACGUGGCUGCUUCGCCGUUCGUCAUUGCUAUGGGCUAUGCUGGGAUUAAAGUCUUGCCGGACAUCAUCAAUGUUGUGCUCCUUAUCUGCCUCUGCUGCAUUGGUUCCGAGUCAAUCUUCAUUGCAUCGAGAAUCCAGACUGCUAUGUCUAAGAUGGGAAUGUUCCCCGCUAUCUUCGGACGUGUAGACACCAAGGGAAGACCCAUGAUCUCUUUGAUCAGCUGCUUCCUCAUCGCGACGGCAAUGACAUACAUGUGUGUCUCGACGACCGGGGCAAUUGCUUUCAACUGGUUCUCCUCAAUAUCUGCCACUACUACAUUCUUUGCCUGGAUGGUCAUUCCCGUCACAAAUUGGUGCAUGCACCGCGCCAUCAAAGCCCAGAACGACCCGGCGUUCUCCCUCGCUUACGCGAAUAAAAACCGUUUCUGGCCCUCCGAAUCCAUUUUCCUCUUUGUUUCAACCCUCUUCACCUUUGCUUGCACGUUCUACGUUAGUGUAAUCCCCGACUCCGGUUCUCCUUCUGCGUCCACGUUCUUCGAGACUAUGCUUUGUUUCCCAGUCUUCAUUGUGGCAUAUCUGGGGUAUAAACUUUGGUUCAGGACGAAGAUUCAAAAUCCAAAGACCGCAGAUUUGGUUAGUGGAAGGAGGGAAUUGAAUGAGGAAGAGCUGGAGUUUUUGGAUAAGUAUUAUGGGCAACCGAUGUGGAGGAGGGUGUUGAGCUAUGUUAGAUUUUAAAGGGAAUGUUGAACUUGGUCACUUCAUGGCACCCGAAGAGAUAUAAGUCAUGCUGUAUCUGGAAUCAUCUUGCCAAAUGUGGACUUGUAUAUAUACAAGAAGCUUCCUUGUCUCGAAUAAUUGUUGAUUAUAUUGUGU